AAACAACAUCAACAAAAUAGGCAAAGACACCUUCAAAGUGCUAUUCGUAACCGAACUAUCAUGAUGCUUCUACCAAUGCAAAGGACUACAAGUGCUGCAUGUAGCGCUGCUGUUUAUCUGGCGGCGCUUGUCUGUUUUCUCCAUACGGUUCCAGUAGUGUCAUUUCAUGUGGUUUCUCCGCCCCCUACCCAAAACCAACUAUUCAAUCCAAUUGCGAAAUGUCUGACAUGCUUGCACAUGGCUUUCGACGAUGAAGCCGACGAUGAUGAGCCAGAAACGACGGAUCCAACCGGUCCACAGUCCGUCAAUGUUCUCGGCACACCGCUGAAACCUUGCUGCACUGACGUCGGAGGGAGUGGUAUCGGAACAGGUUUCUACCGAAAUGGAUACUGCAGUACGGGGGAGCAAGACUUGGGACGUCACACCGUCUGUGUACAGGUUACGGACGACUUCUUGCAAUUUUCCCAAGCUGUCGGGAACGACUUGAGUACACCUGUGCCGCAGUAUAUGUUUCCGGGCCUCAAGGAGGGAGAUAUCUGGUGCCUCUGUGCGCAACGAUGGGCACAAGCCUAUCAAAAUGGCAAGGCACCCAAACUCUUCUUGCAAGCCACUCACGAAAAGACUUUGGACUUUGCCUCUUUUGAAGUUCUAAGAGAAUUUGCAUUGGAUAAAGAAGAGGCUGAUCAACGUCUUGAUGAUCUGAAUGAACAACGUGAAAGGUUGAAGAAACUAUUGGACUAAUCGGACGACUGCCAUGAAGGAGAAGCAGACUUUGCUUUCAUUGGGUUUCACUGCUGACAAUCAAUCCGCAGUAAUUGACAAGAACAGGAUCUGACUUCAAACGGGAUAAAGAGGCCCGAGCAGGCUGUAUUCCGUUGGACUGAUGUCCAAUUGUAUUUUCCAGCGUUUCUCGAUUUCUUACAUUAUGACAAACAUAUUUAAAAAAAUGCAAGUACCUGGUACUCUAGUACUCAGAAUUGACUUUGAUCGCAUUUCUGGCCUG